UGCAAAGUGCCUAAGUAAUAGUCUGUGAUCGCCUCAUAACUUAACAAUCUUCAAUGUUGUUUGUAAAUCGCAAACAAAUAAUCCAUAAGAUUUGUAAUAAUGUAUUGUAUUAAAUCUGCUUUAUUUCUUGUGAAUAAAGGUCGAAGCCCAGUCAUUUUCCAGAAUAUAAGAACUGUUCUUACCAAUGUCCACAAUUUCUAUAGACCCUUUGGAAAUCUUGCUAAAUCAGAGGAUGAGUCAGACAAAAUAAUUAAAGAAAUUUGUAAUAACGACCCGGAAAUAGAAAAGAAGCUAAGGAUACUAAUGCUUGAAGUCGAAGUAAUGAGACAGGAUGGUCGUUGCGCACCUGCUUUGUUAAAUAGUAGUCAGUGGGAACAUCUAAUGUCUUUGGCAAGCAGAAACCAAAGGACAUUACAGGCUAUUCUACAUGGUCAAAAAGUAGUUAUUGAUUGCUCAUAUGAAGAACACAUGGUAUAUCGUGAAACAGUAAAUGCUGCAAAGCAGAUGACAUUUGUUUUUGCAGAUAAUAAAAUACACAAAGAUCCUUUCGAUAUUCAUUUGUGUAAUGUUAAUGAUAAAGGAGAAUUUAUGAAGCAUUUAAGAAAAAAUAUUCCUCCUAUAGAUGAAUCUUGGUUUCCCCUUAAUAUUCAUAGUCAAAGUUAUUUAGACCUAUUUCCAAAGAACAAACUAGUUUAUCUUACUCCUCAUUGUCGUGAAGAAUUGACUACAUUUGACUAUGACAAUAUCUAUAUUAUUGGGUGUAUGGUAGACAAGAUUAACAACGAACCACUUUCAUUAGCUAAAGCGAAAAAGGAUGGUAUUAAAAUGGCUAAAUUACCACUUGACCGUUACUUGGAAUGGGCCCCAGGUUCUAAAAAGAAUUUAAAUAUAAAUCAUAUGGUACCUAUACUAGCAGAUUUAAGAUUGACGAAAGAUUGGGAAUUUGCAUUAAGGCAUAUUCCGAGAAGAAAAUUAAUGGAAACUAAAAUUAUGGCCAUGCAAAAGAAACAUAAAAAUUUGAAAUUAAAAGAAGAGGUUAUCAGGAAACUCAUUAAAUCACCCAAAACCUUUUCAUUAAAGGAUAGACCUAAUGCCAGGAGAUCCCUUUAUGAUGAUGACAGUAUAUAA